CUCAGUUAACGGAAGUAGCGCGCGCUGGAGUUUUCACACCUUGUCAGUUAGUUUGUUACUUUGUUUCUGGUUUGAGGUGAAAACAUGAAGAAUCUCGGGCUGAGUGUGGGAUUAAUGCUGUUUAUUAUGAGCAGCGACGCCGUAAUCAGGAUUCCCCUGCGGCGGAUGACCUCUGUACGGCGCACACUCGUCGACAACGCGCUUGCCAAGGGCCGACUGAAACCUCGCGCUGAGGCGUGGAGCGAGGACGCCGCUCAGUUUCCUGUUGAGAAACUCUCAAACUUCAUGGACGCUCAGUAUUUUGGAGUGAUCAGCAUCGGGACUCCACCGCAGAACUUUACCGUCCUAUUUGACACUGGAUCCUCCAACCUCUGGGUUCCCUCCAUCCACUGCUCCUUCUUCGACCUGGCCUGCUGGCUCCACCACCGUUAUGACUCUGGGAAGUCGAGUACCUACGUAAAGAACGGUACUAAGUUCGCCAUCCAAUACGGCAGAGGAAGUCUGAAAGGUUACUUCAGUCAGGACACUGUCACUCUGGCGGGUCUGAAUAUAACGGACCAGAUGUUUGGUGAAGCGGUGACGCAGCCAGGCGUGGUGUUUGCCAUGGCCCGGUUCGACGGCGUGCUUGGCAUGGGGUAUCCCAUCCUGUCAGUGGGAGGAGUCCUCCCUGUGUUCGACUCUAUCAUGGCUGCCAAACUCCUGCCGCAGAACAUCUUUUCCUUCUACAUCAACAGGGACCCUAAAGCAGAGAUUGGUGGAGAGCUGAUGCUGGGUGGUUUUGAUCAGCAGUAUUUUGAUGGAGAUCUUUUUUACCUGAACGUCACCCGUAAAGCAUACUGGCAGAUCGAGAUGGACGCAGUGAAGGUGGGAGGCACACUGACACUGUGUAAGGAUGGUUGCCAGGCAAUUGUUGACACGGGAACGUCCAUGAUCACAGGGCCAGUGCAGGAGAUUCGAGCUCUGAACAAAGCCAUUGGAGCCAUCCCUCUGAUCAUGGGGGAAUACUGGAUUGACUGCAAAAAGACUCCUUCACUGCCGGUGGUGUCCUUUACUAUGGGAGGGAAAACCUUCAACCUGACUGGAGAGGACUACAUCUUCAAGUCGACUAAGUUCGGUGUGACUAUUUGUUUGUCUGGCUUCAUGGCAAUGGACAUACCUCCCCCUGCUGGCCCUCUGUGGAUCCUUGGAGAUAUUUUUAUUGGCCGUUUCUAUACCGUCUUUGACCGAGACAACGACCGAGUUGGAUUCGCUCUGGCCAAGUGAUUCCAGUGUUUGAUUCCUGACAUUUCUUUCUUAAUAAUUCACAGAAACGCUAUACCAAUCAAGUCUGUAAACACUGUUUCCUUACAGUGUUUAAAUCUGUCAAAUUACAAAAAAGAAAAGAAAAAAAAGGCUGAUAAAAGUAAUUGCAGUUCCUACAAGUAUCAUAAAAAAAUUGUUACCUCAAAGGCGCUGCCCAGAGCCCUUGAGCUAGGCUCUUAACUCUGUGAGAUUUCCACACACACAUAUUAGCUUUCACGUUAAACAUAUAACAAAAAAAACAGAAUUUAAAUACAUGGACUUAAUAAAACAGUAUAAGAUGAAUGACAUUUGAUUUCACAAUAUUAUUCUCUUUUCCUCACAUACACUCAUCAGAUCCUUUUUGGCAUUUUUGUCUUUUUUUUCCUCGCUUUAAUCAUCUCUGGUUACAAAAGCUGUUCUUAUUAUUUAUGAGCUUAGAUUCAUGGUUCAUUCUUUUAUAUUUUGGUCUGAAUGUUUACAAAAAUUUGCCAAAAAUACAAAUUGCGUUAUUGUCAGAAAAGAAUACGAUAUGACAUCAUUAAAAGUGUUUCAAACAAAUAGAGUUUAAUAUGAUUUAAAUUUAAGAUCAAGAGCUUUUAUUUAAAAAAAAAAAAAUUGCAUUAUCGUCAUUUUUCUAUUUGACGUGUUUUAAGUUACUUUCCUGAAGCAGGUGUUAAGCAGCAGUACAGAGAUCUUGCACACACUGUAACCUCCUGAAAGAGUUUAAUCAGCUUGAUAUCGGUAAUUAUAAUGUGUCUACCAACACAAGAAGAGUGAGUGAAUAAUAAGAAUAUAAUCUGAGAACAUCGUCAACUGUUGAAAGUCAGAUUAUUCAGAAUUUUGCUUUAAAAAGAAGAUUGUGAUUGUGUUAUUGUUUUUGUAAUGUUUUUUCAAAGUGUUUAAAAUUGACUUUUAUAUGUAACAAGAAGUUACAUAAAACCCCGAAAACAUAGCUGAAUAGAUUUGAAGUUUAUGUUGAAUCUUUGUAUAUUUGAGUUCCUGAAGUUUGUAGGAUUUCAUCUUUUUCAGAGUGACACUCCUAAUUUUAUGAUCCGGACCAGUGUUUAAAUUGGAUUUUUAAGUUUUUUUGUUGUUGCUGUUGUUGUUUUUGCUUGUUAUUGCACUGAGGAUUGGAUUUGCACUGAACUGGCUUUCAGCUAUGAAACUCAAAUAAAGAAAUUUGUGUUUAUCAUAAUGAA